AUGAGGUUGAACCAAGCCGUGCCCAACCAACAGCGGAGGGAGCUGCUGCGAGAGUCGCUUUGUCAAGAAGUUUGGAUCAGAUACUCCAUUGAGACAUUGAUGAGUGUUGCGAAUACAUACACCCGGACCAAAAUGCUGACUAUUCAAUUUGGAGUUUUGGUGUUAUUGAUUUAUGCUGCCUUGUUCUUAGAUGGAACAACAGCGAUGUCCUGCUACAUGGGCCAGGAGCUGGACCCCUUCAGCGGUAGAUACCGCUGGGUGAUCCCCGUAAAGAACCCCUGUCAUUGCAAGGAGGUACACGUGGAUUCACUCAACACCCGAGCACCCAGCAGACCCUUCAAUGUGACCUACUAUGACACCUUCUUGCGAAGCAGCGAUCCAAUGGAGAUCGGAACAUUUCUGAACUGCACCCAGACUGGUACCGAUCCCUGUCUGUCCAAUCCAUGUCAGAAUUAUGGAUCCUGCUCAUCUCAGCCUACUCUGACUGGUGUGAUGUAUUCGUGUCAUUGCUUGUCAAGUUUCUUCGGACCCACCUGCGACAUAGCAGACCCGUGUCUGUCAAAUCCAUGUCAGAAUAAUGGAUCCUGCUUACUUGGGACUACUGGUGCUGGUUUGACGUAUUGGUGUGUUUGCCCGUCAGAUUUCUUCGGACCCACCUGCGACAUAUCAGACCCGUGUCUGUCAAGUCCAUGUCAGAAUAAUGGAUCCUGCUCAUCUGUUCGUACUGAGACCAGUGUGAAGUAUUCGUGCAUUUGUCCGUUAUAUUUCUUCGGGGCUACCUGCAACAUAUCAGAAUUACCAGCGUCUUGCGGAGCCUACAUGGAGUCUGGUCGAUCUCAUGGCAGCGGGUACUACACGAUCCAAGUUGGAUGCGCAGGGAACAAACAGCUGACUGUCUAUUGCGAUCAACAUUCCAAUGGCGGAGGAUGGAUGAGGUUUUAUCAGAAGACUGGUCCGAGCAAUUGCUCGGGUUACAACUUCACUUGGACCGGAGAGCUGAUCACAUGUAUGGGGCUCGACACCGAUAUCACUGGGUUUGCAGUGAGUGAUGACGUCACCACCGUCAACACCGACAACUCGUGGAUCCUGAGGGAUAGUUCUGGGCCCUCUGGUUCCCAACCACUGACACUCCCUGCCGCUGCCGUCCUCGCCAAAUUGGCCAAUUGCAAAACCCCAACAGGAGUCGAUUGGUCUCAGGAUUACCACGAUGGAUACGCGAAAUUCCGGGGCGCACUCGGAACAAAUGGUAACUGGACGAGAAUGUAUACAGGAUGCUAUGACAACGUAGACAUCGGCGACCAAUUCACAUUCCACAUCGGUGGAGGGUCUAGUCAAACCGGCGAAUUCAUCAAUGUGGGAUGCAACACCUACGGGAACAAGUACGAGCCAGUGUCUCAUAACAGGCUCACUUCUCUUUGGAUCUCGGACAAUGUGCGUGCUAUCUGGAUCAUGACAAAGCAUCUGACGACUGCAGAAGGAAAUACGCCGUAGUACAUUGUAUAACGUGGACCCAACGUUGUUGCACCUUAUGCAGUUUAGAUGUAUCGUUUCGGUUUGCGGUAACACCACGUGGUAAUAACUACUGCUUAGAAGAUAUUUAGUUCUGAAAAGAACUUGUCCUGCUUAUUAUCAACUUUUGCUAAGUAGUUUUUUUUUGUUCUGAUAAGAACAGUCCUGCUUUAAGUUCUAAAAGAACUUUGGUCUCGGAUUAGAUGUGUUGAGCUAUGCAGCUAUCGGAUGGCAAAACAGCCUAUAACUGGAAAAUUUGAGCUUUUGAGACAAUGACCACUUCUGAGAAUUUUAAGGGCGCUCUUUUGUUUCUGAAAGUUUUAACGCCACGGGGCGUAUGGUUUUGCAGAUAGCAUGAACUAUCUCACAUUCUUUUUGAAAUUUUACCUUAUAAGAUCUUUACUUGAGUUAGGUCAUGCACGCGUCUGUGGUUUUUAUGACGAAACUGCCCUAACUCUCAAUUAAAUAGUUCGCUGACUUGAAGAUGGGUUGUUUUUCCCACAAAAUCCAUAGCGAAGAAGAUCAGUGCAUUUUUGUGCAUGCUACGAGUUAGGCCUUCACUCAUAACAGUUAAGUCUAACUAAAGAUAGACUGCUUUGCCAACAAAGUAUUAGAGUUUAGUGCUUGAUAUAAUUAUUUCGUGUCAAAGGAUUUUAAUUCACAGACAUGAUUAGGCCUUAAUUUCCAAAAUCUUCAACCCACUUACAUACUCCAAACUUGGAAAAAUAAGUAUCAAAACAAUUCCUACAUUCAUGCAUUCAGUUCCAACCCAAUCAUAUCUCACAUUAUGUUUUGUACAUCGUAACAUUCGCACUUGCCGAAAAGUGUGCUGCGAAAAUAACUAUACGCAAUGAAAAUGCGACUUUAGUAAUUAAGAGGUAACUGCGAGGUAUACGUCUCUCAUACUUACACAAUUCCUAAUGGUCCCUUGCAGUCCCUAAUGACGCGCUCCGUUCACAAAUACCCCCUCACCGGCAAAGAAAGUACAGUUGGGGGUGACCGUCGACCGACGCCAU